GCUCACAAUUAUCAAAAAACACAAUGUAUCAAUUAAUCACGAUGGUCUAUGCCCGGGGGUUGAGAUAAGUAGAGUCCGGUGUUUACUUCAAUAUAGAUCGUGGGAACAUAACUUACCUUUCACUCCACCCAUUAUUGAAUUUUAAAUAUUUUCUGUGAAUUAAUUCACUAUGCCCGCGACUUUGGACGGAAGGGAAUCUCUCUUACCAUUAGUUCCGCAAGAGAUUAUCAAAGUAGGGAUCAAUGGAUGGGGAAGAAUUGGCCGCGUCGCAUUCAGAAACUCUCUAUCUCGAAAAGAUAUACGCAUAGUGGCAAUCAACCACACAUGCGCCUCGAUAGCCGAUAUCAUUCAUCAAAUCCUCUUUGAUUCUACACAUGGUCCUCUAAGCCGGAGUGUGGAUGUCAAACAAAACGCUGUUUUUGCUGUAGACGCAAACACCCUGUCUGUCUGUGGAGAACAUGUGCAUUUGACUUCGGAACGAGAUCCCAAGUUUUUGGACUGGACGAUUUCAGGAGCGGAGUAUAUCAUCGAAAGCACAGGCAAAUUUACAACUUCAUCACUAGCCAGUCUUCACAUCGAGCAUGCCGGGGCAAAGAGGGUACUUAUCUCUGCCCCGAGCAAGGACGCACCUACAUUCGUCUACGGUGUCAACACCUCACAGUAUCCCAUCAUAAACCCUCCAAGUAUAGUAUCAUGCGCGAGCUGUACUACUAAUUGUCUUGCCCCUCUGGCAAAAACUUUGAACGACAAAUUUGGUAUUGUUCAGGCCCUUAUGACCACAGUCCAUGCCUCUACAAGAUCACAACCUGUACUGGAUGGAUACAGCAAAAGAGAUCGUCGAGCCGGGCGGGCCGUGCUGGGAAAUGUUAUUCCGACCACAACUGGUGCAGCAAAGGCAGUUUCGACUGUGCUUCCAGAACUGGCUGGGAAGAUGACUGGCAUCUCUCUCCGAGUUCCAACCAACAAUGUGUCGCUUGUUGACCUGACAAUAAAUUUCGAACACGAAACUUCGCUAGCGGAGAUCCUGACACAACUGGAACUGGCUUCAAUGGGUCCUCUGCAAGGCGUGUUAACAGUCGAGCACAGUGAGCUAGUCAGCUGUGAUUUUCAGGGCAAUCCUCAUAGCUGCGUAGUGGAUGCGAAAGCUUGCGUUGAGCUGAACCCCAAGUUCUUCAAAAUCUUAGCAUGGUACGAUAAUGAGUGGGCGUAUUCAUCUAGGUUGUUGGAUAUGCUCACCAUGAUGGCUAAAUUUGAUAGAUUAUAAUAUAAUAUAAAUCACGUAGAGUUUAUCUUAUAAGUAAGUAUAUACUUAUAAUGUGGUGCUUAGUUUAAACUGUGC